CCCAACUCGGCCAGAUAUAAUUUACGAAACCAGUCCAGAGCGUCGUGUUGAGACUCCAUUGUUGUUUGCGAGAAAAUAAACUUAAAAAUGGCUGAUUUCGAGGAAUUUGACAGAGAAAUGGCUCAAGUGAAAGAGGAGAGAGAUAAAGAUAGACCUAGAAGGUCAAGGUCAGGGUCUGCUUCAAGGUCAAGGACUAAAAGGUCAAGAAGUAGGGACAGAAAGAGGAGGUCAAGGUCACGUGAGAGGGGAGAAAGAGCAAACAGAAAACAUAGGUCUAGAAGUCGCUCAAGGGAAAGAACUACAAGAAAAAAGAAACCCUACAAAUAUUGGGAUGUCCCUCCACCGGGAUUUGAGCACAUGACCCCAAUGCAGUACAAAGCAUUACAAGCUGCUGGCCAAGUUCCCCAAGCUGCUCCAGUUCCCACCACACAAAUUACAAAUACAACAGUGCCAUUUGCUGGCAGUGCAGUCAGUCGGCAAGCUCGGCGAUUAUAUGUGGGAAAUAUACCUUUUGGUGUAACUGAGUCUGCCAUGAUGGACUUUUUCAAUGACCAGAUGAAAAUGAGUGGUUUAGCACAGGCGGAGGGUAACCCAGUGAUUGCUGUACAAAUCAACUUGGAUAAAAACUUUGCUUUUGUUGAGUUCCGUUCAGUAGACGAAACAACACAGGCAAUGGCGUUUGAUGGAAUCAAUUUUCAAGGACAGUCGCUGAAAAUUAGAAGACCCAGAGAUUAUCAGGUGUUGCCUGGAAUGUCAGAAAAUCCCUCUGUGAAUGUACCAGGUGUGGUGUCUACAGUAGUGCAAGAUUCUCCAAACAAGAUUUUCAUUGGUGGAUUACCGAACUAUCUAAAUGAAGAUCAGGUAAAAGAACUACUGACAUCAUUUGGACCACUAAAGGCUUUUAACUUGGUGAAGGACAGUGCUACAGGAUUGUCAAAGGGUUACGCCUUCUGUGAGUAUGUUGAAAUGAUGGGAGGACCCUCGGUUACUGACCAGGCGUGUGCGGGUUUAAAUGGAAUGCAGUUAGGGGACAAGAAGCUUAUUGUUCAGCGAGCGAGUGUAGGAGCAAAGAAUGCCCAGGCCGCACCAGUACAAGUACAGGUACCAGGUUUGAACCUGCAACAGGGUUCAGGACCACCUACAGAGGUGCUGUGCCUGAUGAACAUGGUCACCCCAGAAGACCUGGAAGAUGAAGAUGAGUAUGAAGAUAUUUUGGAGGAUGUACGAGAAGAAUGUGGUAAAUAUGGUAUGGUGAAGAGUUUAGAAAUACCGCGACCAAUCAAGGGUAUAGAUGUACCUGGAUGUGGCAAGAUAUUUGUGGAGUUUAACUCCCUGAUAGACUGUCAGAAGGCCCAGCAAGCUCUAACAGGCCGCAAGUUCUCUAACAGAGUUGUUGUCACAUCAUACUACGAGCCGGACAAAUAUCAUCGUCGUGAAUUCUAACACUCAAAAACAUACACGCUCAUGUCUGAGUUUUUACAUUGUAUUCUAUAUUUUCAUUGUCUAAAACAUUCAUGUCUUAAAUCCAUUGUCGGUUUUAAAAUCGUUACAGUACAUUUACAUUUUGUGAGGUAUUAUUGCAUUGAGUAUUUAAUUUUUUUCACUUAAGGACUGGGUUACAAAGCUGAGGGGACUUUGAAAGUCAUUGGAUAUUUAAUAAAUUGUUAAAGUCUUUAUUUUCUUAGUGUAAAUGAAAUGCUUUAGUCUGUUUAGACGUUAACUUUCUGGCAAGUGUUUUGCAAAGAUGAAUUGUUUGAAUUACUCUGUGUAUAUUUUGGUAUGAGUAUUCAAAAUGAAGAUCGUAAUUAAAAAGUGUUGGGAGAACUAAUAGUGUUAAACAACUAAUAGAGUUGGAGAACUAAUGAAUUUGUUAGGAAAAAGUUGAACAGUAAAGUUUUGAUGAAAAGGUUCUUUAAGACUUUAGCGAUAGAAAUAUUGCUAUUUUAUCUACAAUAUCCUCACUACUAUGGAUUGAAUUCCUGCAAGAGACUUUGGAUUAGCUAUCAAAUCAAUUAACAGAACAUAGGUGCCUCUACUCAUGUCCUGUCUGUUCACUGAGAGACACCUGUAGCCUUCUACAAAUAGUUAUGUAAGAAUGUUGCCAUAUGACCAUUACAGUGUUAGUGUUAAUUAACACCACAAUAUAAAUAUUUAACGACCCUCUCUAGUACAGGUUUGACUGUAUCUUGAUGGAAUAUUGUAUAUGAUAGAAGUUAUUUCACAUGUCUUGUUAAUGCUGUAUUUUUCUCUAAAAGACAUUUGGUGUUCAAACACAGCUAAUAAAGACUAUUCUAAUUUA